CGAAGUUGGGUGGUGAAAGCGUGCGGGGCCUGUUCCUAGGGACCCAGCUCCCUUUGCCCCGAGAGAUCCAGCUCCUAGCCUUUCCUGGGGCUUCCGCCUUUAUUUCUGGUUUCUCCUGCAGUCUAGCCUCCAUCCUUCUUGCUGUCACUAAAGCUUUGUUUUCGUUAGAGGCGUGGGGACUGCAAGGCGCUCAAAGACCAUCUUGGGAAGCCCGUGCCUAUUGCCCAGAUAGACAGACUGUUCCAUUCGUGUCCUGUUUCUCUCCAAGAGGAACCACAGUCCUAAUAUUUUGCUUCUCCCUCAUGCAGACACCCGCUAGGCACGAGGGUGUCCUAGAGGUUAUUAUUCCUUUAUUCACUAAGACGUUUUCAGUUUUAGGUAACAGAAAACCCUACUCAAUGUGGCUUAAGGAAGAAAAGGAAGUUAGUGGCUUAUAGAUUGGGUCUAAUAGGAGCUGGGUCCAGGUGGUCAGAAUUCGAUCAGCAGUUUUCUGGGUAGAGACCAUUUCGCUUUUUACUUUAGAGGCAAAAGGGGCCCCUCGCAGCUCUCAACUUUAUUCUCCCAGCUUUGCAACUCUAAUGGGAGUCUCUUUUCCUUGAUGGCAGUGUUAGAAGUUGCAGAGCUGCCACUCAAUGGCCUGAUUUGGGUCAUGUGCCCAUCCCCGAGCCAUUUUCAGUGGCCAGAGAGCUGGGAUGUGCUCACUGGCCGAGUAGGGGCAUGAGGCUAGCACUACGUUAAAAAAAAAAAAAAAAAGAGGAAAAAAGAGAGGGGACUGUUAUCUUAUGUCAGAGUGACUGCUCGGCUGAUAGGUGUAAAAGGCACUCGUUCUACAGCUGAGGAAACAUACUCCCUAAGAGGAGUGACUCAUCAUCACCACACAGGAGCCAUGGAAGUGGCGGAGCCCAGCAGCCCCACUGAAGAGGAGGAGGAGGAAGAGGAGCACACAGCAGAGCCUCGGCCCCGCACUCGCUCCAAUCCUGAAGGGGCUGAGGACCGGGCGGUGGGGGCACAGGCCAGCGUGGGCAGCCGCAGCGAGGGUGAGGGUGAGGCCGCCAGUGCUGAUGAUGGGAGCCCCAACACUUCAGGAGCCGGCCCUAAGUCCUGGCAAGUGCCCCCGCCAGCCCCUGAGGUCCAAAUUCGGACACCAAGGGUCAACUGUCCAGAGAAGGUGAUUAUCUGCCUGGACCUGUCAGAGGAAAUGUCACUGCCAAAGCUGGAGUCGUUCAACGGCUCCAAAACCAACGCCCUCAACGUCUCCCAGAAGAUGAUCGAGAUGUUCGUGCGGACAAAACACAAGAUCGACAAAAGCCACGAGUUUGCACUAGUGGUGGUGAAUGACGACACGGCCUGGCUGUCCGGCCUGACCUCCGACCCCCGUGAGCUCUGCAGCUGCCUCUAUGAUCUGGAGACGGCCUCCUGUUCCACCUUCACCUUCUCCUUAGCGUCCCCACCAGAUCUGGAAGGACUUUUCAGCCUCAUCCAGCAGAAAACUGAGCUUCCGGUCACAGAGAACGUGCAGACGAUUCCCCCGCCAUAUGUGGUCCGCACCAUCCUCGUCUACAGCCGUCCACCCUGCCAGCCCCAGUUCUCCUUGACGGAGCCCAUGAAGAAAAUGUUCCAGUGCCCAUAUUUCUUCUUUGACGUUGUUUACAUCCACAAUGGCACCGAGGAGAAGGAGGAGGAGAUGAGCUGGAAGGACAUGUUUGCCUUCAUGGGCAGCCUGGAUACCAAGGGUACCAGCUACAAGUAUGAGGUGGCGCUGGCUGGGCCAGCCCUGGAGUUGCACAACUGCAUGGCGAAACUGUUGGCCCACCCCCUGCAGCGGCCCUGCCAGAGCCACGCUUCCUACAGCCUGCUGGAGGAGGAGGAUGAAGCCACUGAGGUUGAGGCCACUGUCUGAAUCAUCCCUGUACAUCUGCAUCUUCUUGUGCAAGGAAGUCCUUGGCCUAAAGCCUUGGUUCUCAUACUGGGUUCCUUGGGACCUCUGGGGUCAGGGGGUUCCAGGAGGCACCUAGGGUACCUUGUGGGGUCCUAGGAGGGAAACCCAGGAUUCCAGGAGGGAUCUCAGGAACUGUGGGCACCCAUCUUCCGUGUUUCCCAGCCCAUUUCCACUCCUAGUUUGUCAUGGAUAAUUUUUGUUCUUCCCUGUGUGAUUUUUGCCAUCAAAAUAAAAAUUUGAGACUCGUUAACCGAA